AUGAAUGGGAAACUUGUACAAUCAUUAAUCAAUUUAUUCCCUUUUUAACAUUAAGAUAUGAUGAUCAAAUGUGUUUUCAUUAUUGGAUUUGAUAAACUUAUCAAAAAGGGUUAUGUCACAAAUGGAAAACCUAACAUUCAUGAAAUAAUCAAUUAUGCAAGUAAAGCAUAAAUUUAAAUUUAGGCAAAUUGCAAUAAUAUGGAAGAUUAUUAUAAGUUCAAGAACCAUGUGAUAUUAGACAUGAAUUGGAUUAAUUAAGAGAUGAAAUAAGUAAAUUAACAUAAUAGAUCCAUUAUAAUAAUUCAAUAAUGUAAUGACUAUCAAUCUAUAAAGUUAAGACAACGACAAACACAAAGAAGUCAUGAUAGACUAAUGCAGAAUGUAUCUCCAAUAUAUGAUGACCGAAAAAGAUCUGCUUCACUUGGAUUCAAAUAGUAAUAAUAAUUAAUCCAAAAAAAGUCUAAAGAGAUAACUCCAAAGAUUACAGAAACACCACCUUAAACAAUUAAUUAAAUACAUAUAACAAUCUCUAAACAUCAUUUAGAUGAUACAGAGAUUAAAUCUAUAAUGAGAGACAAUUUAAUAAAAGACAAACCUCCAAAACCUAUUAAAACUAUUUAAGAUAAUCAUUAGAAAAAGAGUCAUUAUGUUGAAUGUUAGCAUGCAGAUAUUGAAGAACCUCCCCUAUUUGAAGAUACAGAUAGAUAUCCAGUAAGAGAUAAUUAUAAUCCAUAAUAUAUAUAAUAAUAACUUUAAUAUAGUUAAAUAUCAUAAUAAUAAUAAUAAUAAUCAUAAAUAUCUUCUUAAUCAAAUACAAAAUAAAGUGAUCAUAAUACAAAUUAAACAUUUACUUAACCAUAAUCUAGUUAAAAAUAGUUAAUAUAAAUAUCCAAAUCCUCUUAUAGUCAAUAAAAAUCACCAAAUAGAUCUCCUAAAUUUAAAUAUUCAUAAAAGUAAUAAUCAAAAAAGAAUUUAGAAACUGUGUAAGAAGAAUGUUCAUAUUCACAUGCAAAAUUACACUCUGAUUCUUCUAAAGGGAAAACAUCAAAUAGAUAAACAAAAACAUAAUAAAACACUUAGGCAGUAUCUAAAAUUAAAGCUUUACUUGAUUAAGAUAAAAAAAUGCAUAAACAACAUUUAUUAGAAAUUGCAAGUGAAAGAAAUUCUUUUACAAAUUCCUCAGAUAAACUAAAAAUGAUGCAUGAAGAACAUCUUUCUGAAAGCAAUCAUUCUAAAAUGAAUAAGAUAAUAACUUAAGAAUUAAAUGAAUCCCUUCAUAAAAGAGCUUUCUCUAAUAAUAGUUUUUACAAAUAAUAGUAAUAACCAUUGUCACCCUAAUUAGAUUAUGAACCAAAGAUAAUGGGAUAAUAUAAUUAAUUAUAAGGCUCUGUAUCUAUGACCAAUUCAAAUAGAGUAAGUAAUCCUUCAGUAUAGGAUAAUAUUCUGAUAUAUAGUAAAUAUAAAUAAUAGGUUUUGGAUCAAUAUUCACCAAAAUUAAAUUAUCAGUUUAGACCAUCAAGUGUUGGGAAGUAAUAGGAAAGUGAAUUAAAAAGAUCUGAAGAUUUUAAUAGAAGUUCUGUAAGUAGUACUUUUUCAAUGUUCAAUCCAAAUGAAGAAUUAAAGACAUUCUUUUAAAAUGAUUUUUUGGAAAGAAAAAGAUACACUUAAUAAGGAUAUAGUGACAUGAUGAAAUAAGUAAGAUAUAAAUUAAUAUAUGUAGUCGUCUUUAAAUUCCUCUUAAGAAAACAAUUAACAUCAUAGUAAGUACAUAUCUGGAAGUUAGAUUGAGGAUCAUUAAAAUUAUAGUAAAAAUUAAUAUAGUCCUCAACAAUAUUAAAAUAUUGAUAAAUCUAAUGUAUUCAAUAAUAAUCGAUUAAGCGUAACAAGAAUACUAAAUAACUCAUAAAUAUGA